AAGUGCAAAAAAAAAAAAAGAAGAGAUUAGAGAAAAAGGAAGCCGGAAAAUCCGUGUGUGGAAUUGAAUUGAAAGAAAGAAACAGAUUAGAGUAGAAUUUUGAAAGAAAUCUGAAUGAGCUCGAAAUUGAGCGCUUCAAGAAUCUCAUACGCUCUUCUUCCAUUCGUACCACUCUUCGUCUUCAUCUUCGUCUUCUUCGUCCAGUUUUCCCAAUCCAACAUGGCCACACUCGGCGGCGUUCGUCAAUCCCGAGGCUGCGAGAACAGCGCAGACGUUGAAGAUCUCGCUCGAUUCGCCGUCCAAGAACACAACAAGAAAGAGAAUGCUUUGCUUGAGUUUGCGAGAGUGGUGAAAGCAGAAGAGCAAGUGGUUGCUGGGACGCUGCACCAUCUGACUCUUGAGGCGAUCGAGGGUGGAAAGAAGAAGAUUUACGAAGCCAAGGUGUGGGUGAAGCCAUGGCUCAACUUCAAAGAGUUGCAGGAAUUCAAGCACACUGGUGAUGGUGAUGCCGCUCCAUCCUUCACUAGAUCAGAUCUUGGUGUCAAGCAAGGUGGGCAUAGAGAAGGGUGGCAAGUAGUGCCAACGCAUGAUCCAGUUGUUCAGGAUGCUGCGAACCAUGCUCUCAGUACUCUCCAGCAGAGGUCCAACUCUUUGUUCCCGUAUGAACUUCAGGAGGUCGUUCAUGCAAAGGCAGAGGUGAUUGAUAAUUCUGCCAAGUUUGACAUGAUCUUGAAAGUGAAGAGGGGAACCAAAGAAGAGAAAUAUAAAGCUGAAGUGCAUAAGAACAGUGAGGGUACUUUCCAUCUGAACCAGAUCGAACCAGACUCAUCUUGAUUUCAGACCUACCCCUUUUAACAUGGAGAGCUUGUACGCAAUCAAGAAUGUUCUUACCGCUGUUUUUAGUACUUUUUCAACUCUACAGGUCAUGAAGCCGAUUAGAUAUAGUUAGCGGCUUCAAAAACUUGUAUAAAAUAAGGCGAGUUCGUAAUACCCGCUGGUCUGCGGCUCUCUCUCAUCUUUCCAAUACAUGAUUUGGCUUUUUUUAUUAUUUUUAUAUAUAUUACUUUGCAACUGUUAUGGUUUUUACCAAUUUCAAUUAUUAAAGUGAAAAAUGCUUCAACCUUUUUCAAUUUUUGAAAAAGUGUAAA